AAAAUACUUUACUAAUAUAUGUUAUAAAGAUUAGGAAUUUACAGAUGCUAUAGAGAUAUUAUAACUUAGGCAGCAGACUUGCAAUGUGAGAAAAAUAGGUUUCCGAUAUUAAUUCGGGGUUCUUUGCUGACGCGCUCUAAUGUGAGUCGCAAGUGAGACUACUAGUCUGUCUAUCACAUUUCAUCUCUUCCGCAAAGGAAUCUGAGAGCAUUGUCCAAUUUCCUGAAAUUUAUUAAUGAAGCUUUGAUAUAUAUUGGAACGUAGUAAGUAAAAAUGAGCGGAUCGACUACUUCAACGGUCGUCGUUUCUGGUGCUAACAACUCGCCAACAGAACAGCGACCACCGAGAGUUGUGGAGGCUAAUUUACGUGUAUUGCGACCUGCUGAAUCCAGACAGGUCACUUGGGAGGAGGGCACGGUGGACAAUGAGCAUCUGCAUCGGAAGAGUAGUAAAUCCUGUUGCAUAUUCACUAAGAGAAAACAGUACAAUGAAAGUUCCGAUGAUGAGGACGACAAUCACUCUUGUUCGGCUCGUGAUAAUAAGUUUCACGACCCAUGAACUACCUGUGUUUUAUAUAGGUGCUAUAGAAUGUUAUUGAGGAGCUAUAACAAAGUCGGUCCAACAGAAAGCUACAACACUAAUGGUACUUAUUCACCGGAAAUACGGCUGAUAUCAGUGCCCGAAGCAUAUAAAUAAGUGUCGUGAAGGGGAGUAACCUGAAAUAUUCACUGAGUGACAAAAAAGGCACACUACACUUUGCCUAUGUUAUAACCCCCUUAAUACACCCAUCACAGACAUUCCAUUUAUAGAGUAAAUGUAAUGU